ACUAUUAGAAUUCUCCUCCUUCGCUGUUCAGUCAAACCCUUUCUUCAAAUUCGUUUACCGGAGAUAGAAAAGCAGAGAGCCAGAGAUUUAGGUUUUCGAUCUCAACGAUGGCAGCAGCUCAAAUUGAUGUAGACACAGCAAUGACCGACGAUACGACGUCGAAUUCCCUCGUACGGAACACUCGUUGCUGCUUCUGUUUCCCUUGCUUUAGCUACCGUCGUACUCCCUCCGUAGGUAUAGCCUUUUGGCAGCGGAUAAGCAGCACGUCGUCACAGGUUCAGCCAGGUACUGGAUUUUGGAUACGAAGCUUUACGGUAUUCCAGAAGGUUCGGGAAUGGUCCGAGAUCGUCGCCGGUCCUCGGUGGAAGAAUUUUAUAAGGAGAUUCAACCGGAAUAAAAGCGGUAGCGGCGGUAGGCACGGACAAUUCCGUUACGAUCCUUUGAGUUACGCUUUGAAUUUCGAUGAAGGCCAGGGACAGAUCGGUGAUUCGGAAGACGUCGAUAACGUGUACGGUGGGUUCCGGUCUUUCUCCGUCCGGUACGCUUCGGUUUCCCUCGGUUCGGAGAAAACGGCCUUGGCUUACCGGUCUCAAACCGAAUGAAUCAUUUGAGCGUGAACCGGACUUUCUCUAUUGAUGACGUCAUUAUGGCUCGGCUUAUUCGUUACUUUUUAUUUAUUUAUUUGAUUGCACUAGUGUAGGUUUUUAUGAGGAUGAGGU